ACUUCAACCACACCUCAGUGAUCUGGGAAACACAGAGUCAUUUCCACCCUCGGCUCUCCACACAAGAGGCGCUUCACUGGGACUCUCUUUUACAUAUUUGUUUGCAACAUCACUGCCUGGCAUAAACACCACAGUCCUACAGAAUCAACUGGAAAUUAGGGGCCCAGAAUAACUGAGGGAAUUAAGGGGUCUUAUAUGUACUUAAAGCACAGACAUCAACAAGGAUUCUGUCGCUGAUCAGGACAGAGGUUUUUGGACGUGCCACGGCUUAUAUCGCUGAGUGUUGAGGAUUAGAUUCUCUCUCUAUCUCGUCUCUAAACGGCCUGCAGGGUGGCGAGAGAGAGGGGGGAAUCCAACCGGUGCGCGCCGGAGAUGAGUGCGUUCUGGCAUAAGAUCGGCUGCUGCGUGGUAGCCAAACCUGCUCCGAAGAAGAAACGGAGGAGAAUUGACCGUAGCAUGAUCGGAGAGCCCACAAAUUUCGUUCAUCUGACACACAUAGGCUCUGGUGAAAUGGCAGAUGGCAUGCAGCCGUCUGGCCCGAUGCAGCAACAAAUGAGAUCCAAAGUGCCUCACGCUAAUGGACGAAACAGCUUGUUAUAGCCUUUUGACCUGUGAGUUUUUUUUUUUUUUUUUUUAAACCCCAAGCUCCUUAAAGUGUCCUCGGCAGAACCUGUCCAGCUAGCAGCACUGAACCAACUAGGAGGAGAUACAGAGCAGAUUUUCAUCUCUCCGAUUGCUGAAGCUACAAACAUGGACGCCACCUCUGCAGGUUUUUUAUGUUUUGGAUCCUCUGGAAUGUUUCAGAAGAGACAUUUGUUAUUAAAUUUGGACCGGAUUGAAUGAGAGCGCCUGACAAAGAGUGUGAAUGUGUGACGUGUGGAUUUGAGACACUGGCUGUGCUUGCAGUGGAAGAGGAAAGGCUCUUAUCGCUUUGACACAGGGGACUAUUUGACUGCCUUCCCAAAGUUAUAACUGGCAUGUUUGUCAUAGUCUGUCAUUGAUAAGAAUGUGCGCAAAUGUAUGUUUGCUUUUGUUUUGUAAUGGGAAUACAUGUGCAUCUAUACCUUUACAGUGUCUCCAGCUGCUUGUCAUUAACAGUUGCACAAAUUGUUGCUGAUUAGUCUA